CUUUGUUCCACACUAUCGUGCUCAACUGCUCACUCUCCGACCUCUGUUUUGCGUCCGUGCUCGCCGCUCAACCACUCACUCUCUGACAUUCAUUUGUGCUCGCCGCCGCCGCUCAACGUUUCUUGCCUUGCCUAUCAGAUAUGGUGAUCCCUCCUCCACCAAGGCCUCCAAGGAUCAUAGACUUUCUUAAGCCUUAUGUACUGAAAAUGCAUUUUACAAAUAAGUUCGUUAGUGCCCAGGUGAUCCACACACCAACUGCUACUGUAGCAUGUUUUGCAAGCUCUCAGGAGAAAGCCUUAAGGUCAAGCUUGGAAACGACCCGAGAUGUGACUGCAGCUGCAAAGAUUGGGAAGAUACUAGGGGAACGCCUUUUGCUCAAGAAUAUACCUGCUAUUACUGUUCACUUGAAGAGGGAACAGAAGUAUCAUGGUAAGGUUCGAGCUGUUGUUGAUUCUGUUAGGGAUGCUGGUGUUAAGUUGCUCUGAUUAUUCUCAUAAAUAUUUAGCUGAAGAUCAGGGACGGUAUCCUCCUGGACCUUGUGUUGUAAUGGUGGAAAGUUUCUGUAUCACUUUAGUAUAAAUUCAGAACAAUAAUUAAUUGAAUAUGCUCAGUUUUGUUCCAUUAAGUCUUUCAACAUCAUUAUAACCGGAAAGUUCAAAAUGCUAAAUUCAUCUUCUAUGAUAAUAUUGUUGAUUAAUGGUAAGUAGAAGUUAUGACA